GCAGCAGCGGCGGCGGUGGCGGCGGCGGCGGCGGCGGCAGCAGUCUUAGAAUGAGCAGCAAUAUCCACGCGAACCAUCUCAGCCUAGACGCGUCCUCCUCCUCUUCCUCUUCUUCUUCUUCCUCCUCUUCCUCGGUCCACGAGCCCAAGAUGGAUGCGCUCAUCAUCCCGGUGACCAUGGAGGUGCCGUGCGACAGCCGGGGCCAGCGCAUGUGGUGGGCUUUCCUGGCCUCCUCCAUGGUGACUUUCUUCGGGGGCCUCUUCAUCAUCUUGCUCUGGCGGACGCUCAAGUACCUGUGGACCGUUUGCUGCCACUGCGGGGGCAAGACGAAGGAGGCCCAGAAGAUUAACAAUGGCUCGAACCAGGCUGACGGCACUCUCAAGCCCGUGGACGAAAAGGAGGAGGCAGUGGCGGCCGAGGUCGGCUGGAUGACCUCUGUGAAGGACUGGGCGGGCGUGAUGAUAUCCGCCCAGACGCUGACUGGCAGAGUCCUGGUUGUUUUGGUCUUUGCUCUCAGCAUUGGUGCACUUGUAAUAUACUUCAUAGAUUCGUCAAACCCCAUAGAAUCCUGCCAGAAUUUCUACAAAGAUUUCACAUUACAAAUCGACAUGGCUUUCAACGUGUUCUUCCUUCUCUACUUUGGCUUGCGGUUCAUUGCAGCCAAUGAUAAGCUGUGGUUCUGGCUGGAAGUUAAUUCUGUGGUGGAUUUCUUCACGGUGCCUCCUGUGUUUGUGUCUGUGUACUUAAACAGGAGCUGGCUUGGUUUGAGAUUUUUAAGAGCUCUCAGGCUGAUACAGUUUUCAGAAAUCUUGCAGUUUCUGAAUAUCCUUAAAACAAGUAAUUCCAUCAAGCUGGUGAAUUUACUCUCCAUAUUUAUCAGCACCUGGCUAACGGCAGCCGGCUUCAUUCAUUUGGUGGAGAAUUCAGGGGACCCGUGGGAAAAUUUCCAAAACAACCAGGCCCUUACGUACUGGGAAUGUGUCUAUCUGCUCAUGGUCACCAUGUCCACCGUGGGCUACGGGGAUGUUUAUGCAAAAACCACGCUUGGCCGCCUCUUCAUGGUCUUCUUCAUCCUCGGGGGACUGGCCAUGUUUGCCAGCUACGUCCCUGAAAUCAUAGAGUUAAUAGGAAACCGCAAGAAAUACGGGGGCUCCUAUAGUGCUGUUAGUGGAAGAAAGCACAUUGUAGUCUGUGGACACAUCACUCUGGAGAGUGUCUCCAACUUCCUGAAGGACUUCCUGCACAAAGACCGGGACGAUGUCAAUGUGGAGAUUGUCUUUCUUCACAACAUUUCCCCAAACCUGGAGCUCGAAGCUCUCUUCAAACGACACUUUACUCAGGUGGAAUUUUAUCAGGGUUCAGUCCUCAAUCCACAUGAUCUUGCGAGAGUCAAGAUAGAGUCAGCAGAUGCGUGCCUAAUCCUUGCCAAUAAGUACUGCGCUGACCCGGAUGCGGAAGAUGCCUCCAACAUCAUGAGAGUAAUCUCCAUAAAGAACUACCACCCGAAGAUCCGAAUCAUCACUCAGAUGCUGCAGUAUCACAACAAGGCCCAUCUGCUAAACAUCCCGAGCUGGAAUUGGAAAGAGGGGGAUGACGCAAUCUGCCUCGCGGAGCUGAAGCUGGGCUUCAUAGCCCAGAGCUGCCUGGCCCAAGGCCUCUCCACGAUGCUCGCCAACCUCUUCUCUAUGAGGUCAUUCAUAAAGAUUGAGGAAGACACAUGGCAGAAAUACUACUUGGAAGGAGUCUCAAAUGAAAUGUACACAGAAUAUCUUUCCAGUGCCUUUGUGGGUCUGUCCUUCCCUACUGUUUGUGAGCUGUGUUUUGUGAAACUCAAGCUCCUCAUGAUAGCCAUUGAGUACAAGUCUGCCAACCGAGAGAGCCGUAUAUUAAUUAAUCCUGGAAACCACCUUAAGAUCCAAGAAGGUACUUUAGGAUUUUUCAUCGCAAGUGAUGCCAAAGAAGUGAAAAGGGCAUAUUUUUACUGCAAGGCCUGUCAUGAUGACAUCACAGAUCCCAAAAGAAUAAAAAAAUGUGGCUGCAAACGGCCCAAGAUGUCCAUCUACAGGAGAAUGAGACGAGCAUGUUGUUUUGAUUGCGGACGUUCUGAGCGUGACUGCUCAUGCAUGUCAGGCCGUGUGCGUGGUAACAUGGACACCCUGGGGAGAGCCUUCCCACUUUCUUCUGUCUCUGUUAAUGAUUGCUCCACCAGUUUCUGUGCCUUUGAAGAUGAGCAGCCGUCGACGCUGUCGCCCAAAAAAAAGCAACGGAAUGGAGGCAUGCGGAAUUCGCCCAGCUCCUCGCCCAAGCUGAUGAGGCACGACCCUUUGUUAAUUCCUGGCAAUGAGCAGAUCGACAACAUGGACUCCAACGUGAAGAAGUAUGAUUCCACAGGGAUGUUUCAUUGGUGCGCAGCCAAGGAGAUAGAGAAAGUCAUUCUGACUCGAAGUGAAGCCGCCAUGACCGUCCUGAGUGGCCAUGUUGUGGUCUGCAUCUUUGGGGACGUCAGCUCAGCCCUAAUCGGGCUCCGGAAUCUGGUGAUGCCACUCCGUGCCAGCAACUUCCAUUACCACGAGCUCAAGCACAUCGUGUUCGUGGGCUCCAUUGAGUACCUCAAGCGGGAAUGGGAGACGCUUCACAACUUCCCUAAAGUGUCCAUACUGCCUGGUACACCAUUAAGUCGGGCUGAUUUAAGGGCCGUCAACAUCAACCUCUGUGACAUGUGCGUUAUCCUGUCAGCCAAUCAGAAUAAUAUUGAUGAUACUUCGCUGCAGGACAAGGAAUGCAUCUUGGCGUCACUCAACAUCAAAUCUAUGCAGUUUGAUGACAGCAUCGGGGUCUUGCAGGCUAAUUCCCAAGGGUUCACACCCCCAGGAAUGGAUAGAUCCUCUCCAGAUAACAGCCCAGUACACGGGAUGUUACGCCAGCCAUCUAUCACGACUGGAGUCAAUAUCCCCAUCAUCACUGAACUGGUGAAUGAUACUAAUGUUCAGUUUUUGGACCAAGACGACGAUGAUGAUCCUGACACAGAACUAUACCUUACACAGCCCUUUGCAUGUGGGACCGCAUUUGCUGUCAGUGUCCUGGAUUCCCUCAUGAGUGCGACAUAUUUCAAUGACAAUAUCCUUACUCUGAUACGGACCCUGGUGACCGGAGGAGCCACACCAGAGCUGGAAGCGCUUAUUGCUGAGGAGAAUGCGCUUAGAGGUGGCUACAGCACCCCUCAGACGCUGGCCAACAGGGACCGCUGCCGAGUGGCCCAGUUAGCACUGCUGGAUGGUCCCUUUGCUGACCUAGGGGACGGCGGUUGUUAUGGUGAUCUGUUCUGCAAAGCUCUAAAAACAUAUAAUAUGCUUUGUUUUGGAAUUUACCGGCUGAGAGAUGCCCACCUCAGCACCCCCAGUCAGUGCACCAAGAGGUACGUCAUCACCAACCCCCCGUACGAGUUUGAGCUCGUGCCCACGGACCUGAUCUUCUGCUUAAUGCAGUUUGACCACAACGCCGGCCAGUCCCGAGCCAGCCUCUCCCAUUCCUCCCAUUCGUCCCAGUCCUCGAGCAAGAAGAGCUCCUCCAUCCACUCCAUCCCAUCCACAGCAAACAGACCGAACCGCCCCAAGUCCAGGGAGUCCCGGGACAAACAGAAGUACGUGCAGGAAGAGCGGCUUUGAUAUGUGUAUCCACUGCCACCGUGUGUGAAACUGUAUCUGCCACUCAUUCCCCCAGUUGGUGUUCCCAACAGUAACUUCCCCUUUCUCCCCCUGUAGUUUUCUCUCCCCCCUUUUUUACACAUAUUUUGCAUAUGUAUGAUAGUGUGCAUGUGGUUGUCAUUUUUAUUUCACCACCAUAAAACCCUUGAGCACAAACAGCAAAUAAGCAGACGGACCAAAAAUUAUUUAUGAUUUUAGGGGGGAACUAACCCAUAGGCACGCUCCAGACAUAAAAUAGCUCACUUGCAGGAACGAGUUCAAGGAUAGGAGGAAGUGUUUGUGAUCAAUGCCAACUGCACGCAAAGCAAGUCUAUUUAACCUAGAAGAAAAAAAGUUGAUUCCUGUGUAGCAGGGUGCUUUGGGUUUUAAUCCUUUGUUGUUGUUGUUUCCCUUUUUGUUGUUUGUUUCUUUUUAUACACAAACAAUAAGUUAGCGCAAGUUUAUUUGAAGCAAGCAACCAAAAAGCAAUGAGAACCUAUCGAUUGUUUCUCCUCUCUGGGCUGAACUAUCACAAAGCACUUGAAAGGCUUUCACUGUGUGUGUAGAUGAUUAUUAAACACCCGCUUGUGGUAAGAGAACAGCAGAGAUGUUUCAUUUACUCACCAAGGCCUUCCUUCCCAAAGCUAUCUCUCUUUGGGAGCUUAUAUCAGCACUUCUCACCUUAAUAUACAAGAAAAGAAUAGUACUCCAUGCAUGGAAGUCUCAAGUCCUAGGGAUUUCAUUUAGGUGGAAAAAAAGGUUUGGUUGCAUAUUAAAUUGUUAUUCUGUCUCCUUAUGCUGCCAUAUGAAUAGCUAUUUUUUUUCUUUCACUUUUGACAUUUGGGAUGAAAAGCCAUAUGUAUCAUAAAUAUCAGAUGUGAGUCAUUAAAAAAAACUGCCUUCCUGGGACUUCUACAUCUUUUAAAAGGUGAAUUACUUUCCUUAUGUACAGAAUAAAUAAUGCUCAGGAAAGAGCAAGUAUUUUUGCACGCAUUCUCAGGGGACCUUUUGACUCCCCUUUGUCUGAUUUGCCAUGGCCCCAGUGCCAGUCAGGAGCAGGGGCUGGGACAAUGGUAUGGCAAGAAAAAGAUAAACCCAGCAGCAGAUCCUGUUAUCCUAAAAAGCCGACAUGCUAAAGAAAUCAGAACAUAGGAGGAUCAAUCCACGGUUGAUUCCGCGAAGACAAAAGCCAGCCUCUACUGUAAACCCCUGUCAGCCGUUGGCACAGCUGCCUGAUGCUGGCUGUCCCAAUGCAGAAAGCUGGUGGGAGAAAACGCUCACCACCGAUUUCCUGCACAAGCCAACUUACCUGGGCAGGUGAAUGAAAUAAUUGAGAACUGCUCUUUAUGAGAUGGGAGAUAGGAAGAGUCUGGUAGUGAGCCAAACACAGUAUGAUAGACUUAUUUUCUUCUUUUUAAAAAAAAAAAACACUUAGUAGCACAAGAGGAAAGAUGGGGGAACACCCUUUUUUCAAAAUAGUCUUUUCAAUUGUUUAUGCAUGCAACUCAGGCUUUAAGUAGUACAGUCAGUCUCAAGAAUUAGUCAACUUCAUUAACACCAAAUUCUGACAUUCAUAGGGAUGGGCUAGCCCUGGACCGGUAUAUACAUAUUUGAAAUGUUUAAAUUUUUUAUUGAGCAGAACAGGGGCAGAAGUGAAGGAGAAAGCUGUACCUUCUCGAAAAAGGUGUUUUUAUGGUGAAUGCUUUGGGUUUAGAUUUUGGAUCCUUUACCUCCCCAAGCAUGGUAGUUUUGGAGGUUUGCUUGCUGUGUGAUUUGACAAGCACUUUUACUGACAAAAUGGUGAGGCUCAGUCAGAACGUCUACCCUGCUUCUACCCCGUACCAAAGACAGGGGCCCUGCAGUAUCCAAACCAGAAAUGGUGUGGGGUGUAAUUAUAUACAUGUCUCUUAAGAGCCCUAUUAAGUAGAUUAUUUUUCAAAUUACUUUGACCCUAUCUAUUAAUUUAUAUUUUACUUAUAGCUUAUCCAUUUCUCUCUCUAACUAUAUAUAAAUAUGUGUGCACUUAUAUAUACACACACACACAUAUGUAUAUAUAUCUAUAUCUCCCCUUGUUUGGGAUCAUGAAGAACUCUUCAUGCAUCCUUUGCGAAGGAGGUUAUAAAGUUAUGCCCUCAGAACAUUUAUAACUAUAAGACUGUGCCAGUUAAAGUGCUCAACAGGAAAUAUGACAGUUUAAAAGCAUUGUAAAACUCACAUAGCUUACUUCUCUCUCUAAAGUGCAACAAGGAUGAAUAGAAUGGGCCAAGGUAUGACAAUUAAUGGUUCUGCAUGAACUAGCCACUGCUGGGGUUUUCUUCUAUAACGUUGUCCUUGUGAAAACUUUUGUGAAAUUAAAAAAAAAAAGGAGUUACCAAUU